AUGAUUGCCACUUUAGUCGGUAUGUCCCAAGGAAUGACACUACUGCUAGCUAAAUUUCCUUUGCUUUUCGAGUACGAGAGAGCAUAUUACAACGAAUAUGCUGUGGGAUUUUCUGGUGUGCUUUUUUCCAUGAAAGUUGUCCUCUAUUCCCAGUCAGAUAACUAUACAUACGUUCAAGGGAUAAUGGUACCAUCUCGUUAUGCUGCUUGGGCAGAGCUUAUUCUCAUCCAAAUGUUUGUUUCGAGUGUCUCUUUCCUUUGCCACCAACCUAAGCCUCUCGUUAUUAAAGCUAAGUCCAGAACUAGAAGAGAGGACAACAAUGCCAACCAAUCUAGUAUUGGUUAG